CCUGCUGACUGUCAGUUUUUAGCAAUAACAAAAGUUUUUUUCAUUGGGCAGUGGAAUAUUUUUGCGCCCAAUUCGCAACACAAAAAGAAUUGACGCAUAAUAAUGCUGUUAACAUGCCAAACAGACAAUUGAAACCAACAAACGUUUUAGUUGAAUAUGUAGCAUUGGCGUUGUGAGUGUACUGGACAAUGGCGUCAUAGUUUCCUUUGUUGUUAUUUUCAUAGGGGCAUAAACAUCGAAAUAGAAUAAGGUGAACUACGUUAAAUAAUUGCCUGCUUCAUGCAAUUGACACUUGUGUGCGUGAACUUGUGUGUGUGCUUAUAAAUAUAUUGUUUUUGCAGUUGUCACCUGUAGAAAGCUGAAACGCAGAAAUCUUUUCUAAUUAAGUGGACCAGUAAUAGGAAAACAAUUUAAUAAUUAAAUAUAUGCAACAGCAGCUGUUGCUGUUUAUUAUAUGGCAUUGGACUUUUACCUGCAAUGGAUCCGCAAAAGAUAACUGAACUGGCCAGUUUGCUACGCAAAAAUGGAGACAAAAUCCUGAGCUCCGAAUUUACGUUGACUUUAUCAGGGCCCCUGCUUCGCGCUUUGAAUGACUCCUUCACGUUGAUUGCUGAUAGCGAUAUUGGAUUUGUCACUGGAUUGGGCACAUCCCAGCAAAACUCGCCGGCAUUCCAGGUGGUUAAACCCAUCAAUGCCAAGUCCAGUGUGUUCCCAGAUCUACAGCUGCUGCAUGAUUUCGUGCAAAAGACAACGCUGCUGAAGCUCAAUUAUUUUCCGAGCGAGCAUUACUUUGAAGGUGCUAUAGACAUUUGUAAGUUUCGAGCGUUGCGUCGUCUGGAGGUGCACAAAAUCAACAUAUGCCAAGUGGUGGGCAUACAGGCACUUCGCUCCCAGCUGCAGCAUUUGAUAUGUGUCAAGAGUCUGAGCAGUGUCGAGGAUAUCAUAACACGUUGUGGUGGCGACAACUCGAAUGGCUUCGUUUGGAAUGAAUUGCAGUCGGCUGACUUUAGCUACAACAAUCUGCGUGGCAUUGACACAGCUCUGGAGUUUGCUCAGCACUUGCAGCAUCUGAAUUUGCGACACAAUAAGCUAAGUAGCGUAACAGCCAUCAAGUGGCUGCCGCAUCUAAAGACACUUGACCUAAGCUACAACUGCCUCACGCACUUGCCAAUGUUUCACGCGGAGGCCUGCAAACGAUUGCAGUUGCUCAACAUAAGCAACAACUAUGUGGAGGAACUGCUGGACAUGACCAACCUGGAUGCACUAACCAAUAUGGACCUCUCCGACAACUGUCUUCUGGAGCAUACGCAGCUGUUACCGCUGAGCGUUUUAAUGAAACUCACCACACUCAAUUUACAGGGUAAUCCCUUGGCCUGCCACCCCAAACACCGUCUAGCCACGGCUCAGUAUCUGCACAAGAAUACGGCCACUGUAAAGUUUGUGCUAGACUUUGAGCCAAUGUCCAAGGCAGAGAAGGCAAUAACGGGCACCCAACAGCUGCGCUUUGUGUCAAGUACUGGUCAUCGACUGACCAGCAGUCGCAUAUCCAUAAAUACCUCGCGUGACUCCGUCAAUACACCGGCAUCUAGUGUUGGCUCACAGCGAUCGUUGUCAGUCAGAGGCAAGGAUUCAUCAUCGGAAACUGAGCAGGCAGCACCUGUUACACAAAUAAGCAAACGACGCGUGAAAAAGCUGCGUAAUGUGGAGAUUGCUGAACAUGGAGAUGAGAACGCACUAGAAGCAUCAACAAUAACUGUCCCAAUCGACACAAAUAGUGUAAUUCAGGGAGCAGAGAAGGAGACCACCGAUGGCAGUCACUUGGAGACAAAGAAACAAAUUGAGUCACUGCGUCUUAAAUACGGCAACGAGUGGCUGCAAUCCGGAAAUGCGGAGCUGAUGUUGGGCAUUGACACACCACAACCCAGCGAGCAGGAGCGUCAUGAUGCUCGUCAGCAAUUCAAUGAGUUCCUGGCCGAGUUCUCUACAUCUAAAACAGUUUCCAUGCAAAUUAGUUCCACGCCCACUCAGCACACCAGUUCUAAUGCAACACUGACACCUAUGAAAGCGAAUGGCAACAAUACAGAAACGAACGUUACACAGCAAACAAUUUACGAGUCUUGCGAUAAUAGCAUCGAGACACAAUAUGAGAGUAUGGACAACACAUUACAAUCGGAAGAACAGGAUCAACAGGAACCGGAGAAUGACAAGCACAAGAACGUGUUAUUUCUCUAUGGAAAAAGUGCAGAAGAGGAGGAACCAGUGUCUGACGUGGAGCCCGAUGAGAAGCUUUACAUUGUCUGCCAUGCGCACAAGGCCAGCGAGCCCUUGUUUCUUACCAUAUCCUCCAACUAUAUGCGCGAAAAGGAUACGCUAACUGAACGUACGAAAACGAAAUGGAGCAUCAAAGUCUUGGAGUCCUGUGAGAGGAUCAAAUCAAACACGCUGCGUAUCAAUUUUGAUACCAUCCAAAAGGACAAACAAGAGCGUAUUUAUUGCGUAGAGAACGCACUGUGUCAGGAAAUCGAAAAGAAAUUGCGUGACAUUCUAUCGCAGCGCGAUCUUACCGAUAUGAACAUUACCAUCUACAGCUGCAUUAAUUGUGGCAUUAAGUUCACCAGAGAACGUAAAAACAAGACAUAUAAGACAGCCGAGCUGCGUUGUCCAGAUUGCCGAAGUGUAUUUGUGGCGGAGGUAAACGAUGAGUCUGGCUCUUUGGACAAGCCCAAGGUGUCUGCUCCGGAGCCGAAGCUGUCGCCAGCUCUGAUUGUCGGGGAAUCGCCAGUGAGCACGCCACUGGCUCUGCAGUCCAAGGAGGAUAACCAAAGUAUUGUGGGCAACAACAGGCUCAUCGCUAAUAACACACCCAAGCGUAGGAGUUUGAUGCAAACCACAAAAAGUUCGGCCAAUUCGCUAAAUGAAAGCAGCUCCUGCUCGAAGAUAACCAAUUCGCAGUGCUCCUUUGACUCCAAUCAGUCUGUGGUAGGCAGCUCGAAUACGGAUCGUGACUUGGAGUUUCGUGCCAAUGAAAGUGAUGUGGACAUUAUCUCUAAUCCGAGCCAGUCCAGCAUUGAGGUGCUGGAUCCGAACUGUGUGCAAAGCGCCAGUCGCAAGACCUCUGAGGAGCGGCGUAUUUCACAAACUCCCAAUCUGGAAACCAUCGACGAUGACGUCAGCCAAACACAUAGUUUCAUGGAACGUGAAUUUGGUCAGAUACUGGCUGCCAGAACAAAGCCAUCGACAGAGGAAUCCUUAAUUUCGACAACGAAUGAGGAUACAAUGCCGAAGGCCAAAGCAUUGGCUCACGUCCAGCUGACCGAGAGCAGCUCAUCGGGUUCGGUGACCGAUAGUAUUUGCACUACCUACGAGCAACAAGGAAAACAGCAGCAGUCACAGGAGAAGAUUCAAGCGUCGACAUCAAGUGAAUCCGACGCUCUACACAAUAUGCUGAUUGCCGAAUCCAGUGGCAGCUCUAGUCAUACUGACAACCACAACAAUAACAACAAUGUUUUGACAGGUGUAAAUAGCAAUGGACAGCUGAAGAUGGCCGAAGAUGCUGGAUUAUCUUCCGUAUUUGGAGCACUCUUUCAAUCGACGAACGUGCUGAUGUCCAGUUCAAAGAAGCUCAUCGAAUCGGAGGCUAGUUCAAGCGGAGUCCAGCCGUACAAGUUCAACUAUAGCGACUUUAAUGAUAUUGACCACCGGCUGAAGCUUUAUUUUUAUCAGAGCAAAUUCAAGGAGGUCGGAGAGCACUUCAAAUGGCUGGCCAAGGGUAGGAUUUACAAUGAGCAAACACAGACGCUGCGCGAUGGUUUGUUGGUAAUAUCCACCUGCAAGUGCUACCUCAUGGAGGCAUAUGCACCGCCACAGGAUGAUGUAUCCAAGUGGUUGCGUCAGGUGAUUAGCGUUACAGUCAAUCGCUUGACGCGUACUCAGUGCCUGCCCUGGAAAUUGGGAUUGUCCUUUUCUUUGCGGGAGUGGGGCAACUUUGUACUUCUGUUGCAGGAUAUGCUGCGCACAGACAGUUUGCUGUUGUACCUGGCAGAUAACCCACUGCCGUCCGAGUGUGAGAUGAUCCAGGAACCAUCGGAUGCAGUGCGUCAACGGCUGUGUUCAUUGGUCUCUGAACCGCUGAAGAUGUGUGCAGUGCUUAGUGGCUGCCAGUGGAUAUGUGGCCAGGACAAACGCAACUUUGAAGUCUGUACGUUGCUCACUUCCGAUACACAAUUGUAUAUCGCUGGCAAUGGAAGAUUCAAUUGGCUGGCAAUCAAUGAAGAGCAGCCGCCGCAUCUGGAACUUACGCUUACACAGCAGAUGAGUAACAUUGUAGAGGUGGAACGAAUCACGGACUGCGAGUACAAAGUUAACUUCCUGGACGAAACAAAGAACCAAUGCGAACUGUGGCAUGUGCAGUUUGAGACACCAGCGAAUGCCGAGUGCUGUCUAAAUGUUAUUGGUAAAUCCUGGGAACAUCUUUUUGGCGUGCCCUUUAGCUAUUCCGGAACGUAGUAUUCAUUAUCUUAUCAGGGACCAAUUUAUAUUGCUUCAUAUCUAAACAAAAAACUAUGUGCAAAGUUAAAAUUGAAUUGUGACCAUGUUUAUCUAAUGAUCUACAUACUUAUAUAUAUUGACUAUAUUAACAUAAUGUUAGCUUUAAAAACUGGACAUAUUUAUAUUUAGUUUUAGAAUUCUAAAAAUGGACAAUAUACAUUAUCAAGAAGCAAGUAAAAAAUGGUGCUUACCCACUAAUUGAAUGUGUAAUAUGUAUAUUUAUACGUUAUACUAGCUAUGAAAUAUUGAAGUCAUUGUAAAAUAAAACGAAGCAUUACGAAUAUGUAUGAAACAUAUAAAUGUUGAUAAGAAGUCAUAGUUAAGCCAAACAUUGCAAUAUGAUUUUGACUCAAUGUUAAGACUUUAAAAA